CUGCCCACAGAACUCAGGCCUAUCCAGCAGUCUUACUCCACAUUUGGUUAGGGGAGAGAAGGGGGCAAGACCAAGGCAGGAGGUCUAAUUGAUAACAAGCGAGCCAGGAGAAGUGGGGAUCCUCACUCAAACUGAGGAGGCUCAGAGUGGAGAAGUCAUUGGACCUAGGUCACACAGCGAAAGAACCUGGGGCCUGCCCUUCCCCCACUCUGAGCCAUGACGAUUCUGCGAUUAAUCAUGCUGGCUCUGGUGACAGGGCAUGUAGGGGGAGAGACCAGGAUCAUCAAAGGGUACGAGUGCUCUCCUCAUUCCCAGCCCUGGCAGGUGGCUCUGUUCCAGAAGACGCGGCUGCUCUGUGGGGCAACCCUCAUCGCUCCCAAAUGGCUCCUGACAGCAGCCCACUGCCGCAAGCCGUGGGUGCACCCAUCUCUCCCCCACCACCUGUGUUUCUCCCCACCUCCUGCCUCUCCCUACCCUUCCAUCUCUGACCACCAUCUCUCCCACCUCAGCCGAUACAUAGUUCACCUGGGGGAGCACAACCUCCAGCGGCGGGAUGGCUCUGAGCAGACCCGAACAGCCACUGAGUCCUUCCCCCACCCAGAGUUCAACUACAGCCUCCCCAACAAAGACCACCGCAAUGACAUCAUGCUGGUGAAGAUGGCAUCACCAGCCACGAUCACUUGGGCUGUGCGACCCCUCAUCCUGUCAUCACGCUGUGUCACUCCUGGCACCCAAUGCCUCAUUUCCGGCUGGGGGACCACAUCCAGCCCCCAGUUGCACCUGCCCCAUACCUUGCGAUGUGCCAACAUCACCAUCAUCGAGCACAAGGAGUGUGAGAAGGCCUACCCCGGCGACAUCACAGACACCAUGGUGUGUGCCAGCGUUCAAGAAGAGGGCAAGGACUCCUGCCAGGGCGACUCUGGGGGCCCUCUGGUCUGUAACGGAUCUCUUCAAGGCAUUAUCUCCUGGGGCCAGGAUCCAUGUGCUGUCUCCAGAAAGCCUGGUGUCUACACAAAGGUCUGCAAAUAUGUGGACUGGAUCCAGGAGACUAUGGAGAACAAUUAGCAGGACAAAUUGACCCCAGCCCGAAACCCCCGACCCCUACUUGGUGCUGUGGUUCCUGUUCAUUCUGCUAAUAAUAAAGCAGCCUAAGCCAGGACUCCUUUAUGUGCUUUCUCUGGAUCUCCUUGACUACAAGAGAUGCUAUAGCUUAAUAAUCAAUUUGGGGUUUGGAAUUAGCAAAGCCUAGGUUCAAAUUCUGCCUUGUACUAACUUGUCACUCUGGGAGUGAUAAUAGCUAUUUGGGUCACUGUUGUAUCCCCCGCCCCAAAGAUGGUUCCUGGCACUCACCAAGGUUUCAAUAAAUAUUUACCGAAUGAA